UUGUACUUUGCCUCUCCUCGAAGCUCCUUCUUUUUAUUGCUUUCUUUCUUUCUUUCGAGAUUUUUAUCCCCUUUUCAGUUUGAGCAAAUUCUAUUCAGAUUCAAUCGAUGGUAGAAGUUACUCUCAAGGCCGAGAUCACACACCCGAUCCCUAAGGCCAGGUUGGUCGAGGCUUUUCUAGGAGCGGGUGGCUUCUUCCCCUAUAACCUCUUGCCAGCCGUCACAAAUGCUGAGAUCCAGGAGGCAAUCUCGAUCGAAGGCAGACAGCGCAGGACGGUGAGGCACACGGUUAAAGCACAGGACCAGGAGCCCUUCCUCUACAACCACUCGACCGUCGAUCGGGAUGAGCUGGGCGGAAUCUCCAGGGAGAUCAGCCAUGAGGUGAAGAUCACUGCGUUGCCCCUGGAGGGUGGCUCGGUCUGUAAGUACGCGGGCAGGUACUUCACUGUCGGCCCAGGGGAUAUCCCCGAGGAGGAGAUGAUGAGGGCCAUGAGAGGGAAGGCGUCCGUGAUGUUCGGGGCCAUUGAGGCUUAUCUGGAGGUGCCAUCAGACGCAGUCCUGUUCGAGUAAAGUUCUCGGCCAAGGGGAUAUCACCGAGGAGGAGAUGAUCAGCGCCAUAAGACAGGAGACUGCUAGUCCUGUUCGAGUCAGCGCUAGUUGAGUACUGUUUUUGUUUUGUCGUCGAGGGAGUGCGUUCGUCUUUGUCUCUUCGCUAAUAUGAUGGUGGUUCUGGGAAAUGUUUUGCAAAAUUGCUGUACUUGCUUCGUUCGCAAGCCCAGAUGAAGUGUUUUUGGAGUAA